AUGAAGGCCCUCUCAACAGCUUCAUCCUUCUUGGUGACUCUCCAGAAACCCACUAUCGAAGAGCUCCUUGACGAAGACACGUGUUGUGACACCCCGUCCGAUAUCACCCUCAAGUUAAUGUCAUCCACCGUGCUGGAACUUCUCAUUAUAGAUAUCAAGAAACGGCUCAUUACUGCACCAGAAGUUAUAUCUGUUUUGCCCGAAGUUCCGAUCCUUGGAGACCUCUUAAACAACCUUUACGACUUUGCGACCCUCGAGCAGAUGUAUCUGCCCUCGCGACUUCUCUCGCCUCAUACCCGUUACUAUGUACGAGAGAUGCCCAUUUUUGCAUACAGCCAACUUCUCGAGUCCUACCGCAGCCUCACUCUUGAAAGCCUUACGGUCACCUUUUGUUUACAUGUAAUUUAG